CUUAUCGCCAGGCUCCUCUGUUCUCAGUCGGAGAGGAAGUUUUGACAGCCAGACUUCACAACCAUCUCUGCCUUCACUUUGCACAUGCUCUGACAGAAACUCCAAUCCGGUGACUUCAUCCCUCAUUCACGAGAGCUUGCCCUCCUCCUCCUUCCCUCUCUCUCUCUCUCUCUCUCUCUCUCUCUCUCUCUCCGGCAGCAUGCCAGCCGUUCUCCUCUUGCUGCGCUCUCUGGUUGUCAGUCUCUUCAGUAGCAGAUUAGCAGCUCCUUCGCAGAAGCCAGACGGCGGCUGCUGGGCACCUCGACACCAUCCUGCGCCACAUUUGGGAGCGGAUCAGUUCCCAGGAGUCCAAGGAGGCCAUGCUGGGCUGCGUCCUGUGCAUUCUCAACAUGCCCAAGAAGGUGGACAACUAACUUCAGGAGGAACGAGUACAGUUAAGACUUGAUUUAGAAGUGCUGAAUGAACCAUGUCGGAGAGCAUCGUGAGGAAAAUCCAGCCGUUCACCAUCGGGACCAGACUCUCGACGCCAGCCGUGCCAAAGUGCUCAGACUUUCCCGAUGGUUUUCUUCCAAACCGGACGUUUUCGGAUAACUGUACACUAAGGCAUCUGAACGAACAGGUGUCUCUUUAUCUCGGCCACGACAGACACUGCGGACCUGUGGCGAAGCAUCGUCGCGAAGAGAUGUCCGACGACCGGCUGAACCGAAACACAAUCUCCUCCUCGAACACUGCGUCCAGAUCCAUCCGUAAGAUCACCAUCUCCAGCCGAAUGGAGGCCGCGAAAGACAGACUGACUCCAGGGAUGGAGCUGAAGAAAAUAAGAGCAAAUUCGGAGAACAUUAAUAACAAUAACAACAUCACAACCUCCAACACACAGCUGCCUAAAAUAGUGGGUGUCAGCUGUGAGAAUGAACCCAGCUCACAGUUUAAGAUCCAGAUACUCAAAACCCAAGCGAGAAAGGAUGUUGUGGACAGUCUCUCCUGCGAGCACAAAAACUUGUGCUUGUCUUCAAAAGCCUCAUCGGUGCAAAGUGACCAGAGUUUUACUCUUCAAAACGCCAUCUUCAACAAGGAGAUCACUCAGGCUGAGAUGUGGAUCAGAGCGAAGCAGCGAGACCUGAAGGACACCAGUAACGUCCACAGAUGUCCUCUGAGCGACUGGGAGGAACUUUCUCAAACCCUCCAGAGAGAUUUGAAGGACUUUGAGAACACCGUCAUUCGACUCAACCAGAUGGGAGAGCAAUUAAUGUGCAAGCUUAACCCGACAUCUGACCUGGUGAAGAAACAGCUGGCUCAGAUCCUCGACCAAUGGAACGCGCUCAAACAGACGGCAGCCAAUCAAAUCAAGGCAGUGGGCGGGGCUAAGGCUCUCCAGGAGUUUAAUAAGAAGGUGGACCGUCUGGAGGCGUGGAUCAAAGAGAAGCAGGAGCAGGAACAAUCGCUGGCCAACAUCCUUGGGGAAAACACUGACAAGAUGCAGCUUACCAGGAAGAUACUGGAUUUGAAACAGGAUGAGCAGCUGUAUAAUAAUCUUCAUGAGGAGAUCAAUCACAUGGCCCUCAGACUGGAAAAACAGGGAAAGACGGAAGGAAAGACCAUCUCAACCCGCAGGAAACACAUCAACAAAAUAUGGCUGAAGGCCCAGUCGCACUUGAAAGAAUAUCAGGAGAAUCUCCAGCUCGCCCUCGAAGUCUCGUCCUUCUACCUCCAGGCCGAUACCAUCGUCUGUACCAUCAACAACAUGAGAAAAAGCAUCUCUGCAAGCAGCGGAGUGGGAAUCGCCAGAGAUGAGGAAAUUCGGGACGUUGCCAGUCAAAUCAUGAUGCUGGAUGUGAGUGUUUCUCAGCUCUCCAACCUGCCGUCGGCGCUGGCGGCCCGCGUCGCACAGAAGCAGAGCGAGGUGAAAGACUGCUGGACCGUUCUCCAGAAGACUCUCAGGAACGAAAAGGCAGCUCAGCUCCCCUCCAACCCCUCGUUAACCAGAGAUGGCAUUGACCCUGAAACCCAGAGCAGCGUGGGAACAGACCCUCACAGAAUUAUGGGAAAGGAGGUUAAAGAGGAACAAAAUCGUCUGAAGGGGUUUACGGCCGGGAGAGACGCCGAGCACUACGGGAAGCCCUCAGACAGCCGGGAUGCAGGAGAGAACGCACCGCGUGCCUGUGCCAGCGAUUUCACCCUCAAACUCCACACUGAAAGUGGGAACGCACCGAGGCCCGAGUCCAGCAGCCACACACAACUCCAGAAGUUCACCGUUUCUGCAGACAAGACUCUCUCCUGGCUCAAAGACAGCGUUGCGAAGGCCACUCAGAUCUGCAGUUUGGCCGGGCCGAAUGGUUUUGAAGCAGCCAAGAGGCGUCAGGCCUCACUGGAACAGGAUAUCCUGUCCAACAGAGCCAGGAUAGAGCUGCUCAAGAAGGAGGGUUACAGUCUGGUGAGGGCUCAGCAUCCGGGAAGCAUCAGGAUCCAGGAGUUUCUGAGUCAGCUGGAGGUUCUGUGGGACAGGCUGAAGAGAAGACAUGAGAGGAACGCACUGGUCCUGAAGCUCUCAGACGAGCUCAGCUACAGGGUGGUGUGGAUGCUGCAGUCUCUGGCCAGUCUGGAGGCGUGGUUAGAAGCGCUGGAGCUGUCCAUCAAACAGCCGUCUCUGUCUGGAGACCCCGAGUCUGUGAGCGUGGCGGAGCUAGAGAGCUGCCAGCUGGAGCAGGAGCUGGAGGACAGACGUCUGGAGCUGCAGACCCUCAGACAGGAAGUAGAUCAUCUGAGCAGUCAAAGACAUCUUCACACUCCGCUGCUUCGUGCACGGCUGAAGGACGUGGAGAAGAAGUUCAGCAGUGUGCAGAUGGCACUGACCCAGCAGAGCUCAGAGCUGAAGGACACACGGAUGCUCACAGACUUCCUGGAGAAGCUGGAGCUCGAGGAAAGUCACUACAGCACCCUGGGACAGCCGCUGUGCAGUGAGCUUGACUCUGGACUGUCUCUUUUGGGCUUGCCGGUGAAAGGACAUGAUGAGCCCCUGAUGGAAGCCUUUGGGAACCCUGUGAAGGAGCUCAGAGAAGCCGUUGAGAUGCUUAAUGACACGAUGCGGGAGCGGGGCAGCUCGCAGUCACAUGACCAGAGCAUCCAGGAGCUGCUCGCCAGGCAUGCCAUAGUGUCGGCGCGCGUGGAGCAGUGUCUGCAGCGCUGUGCCGAACUCGCCGUAGAUGUGCUGGAGAUGGAGAGUGAGAUGGCAGUGAGAUGUGAGCCGGAUCGCUGCGGUCUCGAUGACCUGCAGGAGUACCAGGACCAGCUGGAGGCUGAAUACGGGGUCUUGAAGGAGGAGGUCGAGGCCUUGGUGAGUCUGGCGAGGCGUUUGUCAGACGUGUGUCCGGAGAGGAUGACCGCUGUAGGGAAUGAGAUUCAGACCAGCCUGAACGUCUGGGACGAGCUCGGCACAAGUGUGACUGAAAACAAGAAGAGACUCCUGCAGUUCAGACAUCUGCGGUAUUUCUUAAGGAACUAUCUGGCAAUGAUCUCUUGGACGGAAGACACCCGCUCCUGCAUUUUCUCCGAAAGUGCUCUGCGUCAAAGCCGAGAGAACCAGGAGCCUCUGGUUGAGGUUCUGGAUCGGCAGAUAGAGCAGAAGUUCGAGGAGUUUGACCAGCUCGCUGUGGCUGGACAAAAACUGUUUGACGAUGAGCAUCACCUCAACAAGAUGAUCAGAGAGAGGAUGGAGGAGCUGAGGUGCAUGCUGGGAUGGAUCCUGGUCCACUGGAGGGCUCAGAAGGAUCAGCUGUUGAGCAGACAGAAAGCUGAAGAAGCUCAGACAGACGCUAUUUACUCUGAGACCAUGGUCUGCAGCCCGCAAACACAGGUGGAAACCUCACCCGAGGCUUCUCAGAAGAAAACCGAAAGCCUCACAAGUGCUCCCCCUGGUGACAUGGAGGACCGUUUGCAGCAUGAUAAUGGAUACGAGGUGAUGAAGAGUGUCAGUCCUAAAGGAAGCGAUGAUAGUGGUCAUUUAGAGAGGCCAGACUCACCGUACCUGGUGUUAAAGGAACCCAGUUCUUCAGCUUUAGGAGGCACUGUCAACCUCAUCCUCAGCUUCAGUAACUCUGGAGACACACAAAUCCAGGUGCAAGAGCCUGGGAGGGAAGGUGGCGUGCCGGUGCUCGAACCUGUGCACAGGGUAAGUACCUACAUGCAUUUUACAGAAAACAACACAGCAGUGUAUGAGAGUAUGACGCCUCCCCAAGACAAAUCCCAGAGGCCCUCUUCCUCCUCACCCAGAACGUCCCUGUAUGCUUCCUCCUCCCCUUGCACCUCUCCGUACUCCUCGUCCUCCAUCGAAGAAACCAUUCAGCAGACCAACAACCUCCUGGAAACGAACAGCAAUAUCUCAAUCUUUAGCAGCCUAAAUAAAAAGAGCAAGAAGACGAAGAAGAAGAAAGAUGACCGUAAACACACCAUUCAGAAGAUCAUGGGAGAGGAGCUGUCAGAGGAAGCUGGGUUACCACCUGUAUCUGAACCGGUGACAUACGAGACACAUACUUGGCCCCUGAAGGAAAGGAAGAAAUGGAAAAAUGCAAGGAAACCAAACAGCAUUGGGACUCAGCUCUUGGACUACAUAAAGAACCCUUUAGUGAAAGACAUAGAUACAGAAUGUCCUGGAGAGGUUAGAUCUCCAGUUCACAGCACUUUAGAGGUUGGCACCCAAGGACAUGUGAAGAACCACUGCAGAUUUCUGUCCUUGGGCUCUGUGUUAAGCUUUGACCUGCCCAAAGACAUGAGCCUCAUCCCUAGCAUUGAAGAUUUUAUCACAAUCGCCUCUCCAGAGCAAAAAAAGACAGACUCUUAUCACCAGGACCCUCAGGUUGAUCGUCCGACAGCUCUGAGCACCUUUAAAACAUCACGCUCACCUCCAACACAAAAAGUAGAGUUCAAACAAAUUCCCACAGAUGAAGUAACCCUCAAGAUUGAUUGUAAAGACUCCAAAAAGAUCAGCAUUGACACUGUAUCAUUUACUGAAGAUGAAUUUCCUUCUCCACCUUCUCCAGUUGUUGAGGACAUCCCACUUGAGGAGAAUCGUCCCUCAUUACUCAGUGAUCUGACCAAUAUCCAACAGAAACACCUGUCUGGGAUCAGUAUUGUGACCAAAGAAGGGUUAGUUAGUUGGGAGGCUAAUGAAACUCAACUUGACAGCAAAGAGAACUAUGUAAGCCCACCAGAAGAUGCUAGCCAAGAGAUAGCCAACCCCAACUCAACUAUGGCAGAGAUUCAUGUAUGUCCCAGUGUCCAUACCAUGGUUCACAAUCUUAAUGGACACAUGUACCAUAGGCCAGGGAAAUCCUCCAGCACUCCCAGCCAUGCAUCUCAUGUGGUGUUGAACUUCAGAGCUAAUGGAAGAGAGGACUCGGUGGACUCUGGUCACUCCAGCUCUGGAAGCUUCCAGUUAUGUGCUGAGGGUCCAUACGUGGACUCCUCAGAUUGUCCAGUGCCUCAGAGGACCAUUGGGAAGGUACCACCCCAGGAUGCAGGAGUCUCCAACAAGAAGUUCUCCAAGGACAAGAUAAUUACCUCAUCUAUAGAUGUUGAUGAUCCAGUUCAUCCUGACCAUCAACAGUUUGAGCAGGAAGAAGAGGAGCUGGAGGACAUCUGGAACCACACAAACAGCUACCGAGAGAGUAUAAACUCUGACAUCAUUUAUAAUGGUUACCAGGCCACCUCUUCGUCAGACCAGCUCAGGGAACCCUCGCCCAAAGAACAAGCAGUGUUUUUCAGGAAGUUGGUCAUGUCCUCCGCACCCAACCUUCUUGUGGCAGAGUUCAGACUGCCACCAUCCAUCCAGACUAUGGUGGGUUCUGGGAAGCAGCAGAACCCAAGGGAAGAGGACCCAAGGCAAAUUCUGGAUGAAGGGGACAGGAGGUCUUGGGCUGCGUUCACACAUCAGGAAAAUGUUUACAAACAUGUUGCUAAUAUUGAAACUGCUUCAGAUAUUGUGAAAAUACCCGAAAUAGAGGACCAACAAAAGUAUAUCUACCAUUAUAAAGAGGAGGAGGAGGAGGAUGAGAAGGAAACAGAGUUUCUGAAGGACCAGUCCAUGAGCCUCCUGUCUGUUCAUAUGGGAUUGGAUGGGACCAAUGACAAUGAUAUCCAGAGUGGAAGACAAGAACCGGAACUGGUGUCUAUGGAGGGUACACUGGAAAGGAAACACAAACUACUACUGGGUGGAAAGAAGGCACCAUGCAGGGCAUGGGACUCCUAUCAUGCUGUGCUUUACAAACAAACAAUAUGUUUCUAUCAGGACAGGAAAGAUACACUCAAGAGCUGUGUGACCAGCCCUCCUCUGAACCUAAUUGGAGCGGUGUGUGAUCCUUCGCCAGAGUACACCAAAAAACCCAACUGCUUUUGCUUGAGAUUGCGUGAUGGAUCUAAGUAUCUCCUCAGUGCCUCGUCCCGAUUUAUGAUGAAGAAGUGGAUCCUCAGAAUCCAAGAACACAUUGCGUCUAGCGAUCCUGUAGUGAACAGAUCAACAUGUCAUGGGUCUUCAGCUUCAGCGACGCUCCCUAGACAUUCUCCAGCUAUCACCGGAUGUCAGUGUGGAGAUAAAUGUCACUGCCCCAUGAGAAAUGAUGUCACCGCCACCGUUUUAGCACAGAGUCAGCCCGCCUCAGGCCGAAGCAAAGAGAUGAUGGUCCACACCAAUGACGGACUGCAGAUCCAUCACAGGCAUCAGGAUCUGUUGCUCCCCUCAUUCUCAGAUGCAGGUCAUUGUGAGGAUGAGUUUGACUCUAACGGCGAAUCUCGGAGACAGAAACUGUCCUCUACGUCCAGCGUUCAGGGCUGGACCCACGAAAAGAGACGCUCACACUCCUUUACCUCAGCCAGAUAUCAGAGGAUCAAGCCUGUAGCGCCCCCUUCAGGCAAAGGCCAGGACAGCAGCUCCAGCUACUCUGUGACUUUAUUCAUCAGAGAUGGAGAGAUGCCAUCAGUCUGUAAAAGCACUGUGACGGCUCCAACAAAUGGCAUCUGGCAGCAGUCCGUCUCCAAUCUGCCCGUUACGAACUACAUGAGCCUCCCGCGACCUCCCAACAAAUCAGUCUUCAGGAAGUUCUUUGGGAAAAAGGAGUGAAGGACACUUUGUGACUCUGACUGACAUGUGCAGGACACAAGUUCAAAACAUUUUAUGUUUUACAUUUAUUUAUGGAUAUGAUGGCAAGAACCAUUUUUGUGUACUUUUAAAUAAUAUCUUGUAUGAUUGUGUUGCUGCAAGGUGUUUAAAAUUCACUCUUUCGACUUUAUCCUCACUUUAUCAGCUGUUUUCACAUCAGCCUCAAAUGGAUGGUUUAGUUUUAAUUUACUCACCCUUAUGUCGUUCCAAACCCUGGAGCACAAAAGCAGUCUGAAGUCUUUGGGGUAUAUUUGUAGCAAUAGCCAAAAAUACAUUGCAUGGGUCAAAUUUAUAGAUUUUUCUUUUAUGCCAAAAAUC